AUGGAGAAACUAGUGAUCGAAUAUGGACUUUUUAAUGAAUUGUUAGAUGCAAUUAAAGCUCUAGGUCUUAAAAUUGAAGAUGUGAGAGGUCAAGGUUAUGAUAAUGGUUCCAAUAUGAAAGGAAAGCACCAAGGUGUUCAAAAAAGAUUACUAGAAAUAAAUCCGAGAGCAUUGUAUAUGUCAUGUGCUUGUCAUAGUCUUAAUCUUACUGUUAGUGAUAUGGCACAUUCUUGUAUUAAAGCAGUUUCAUUUUUUGGAGUUAUGCAACGCAUAUAUGCUUUAUUUUCAAGUUCUCCUAAAAGAUGGAAGAAAGUAACCCUAGACUCUCGUCUCCGCCCCCUCGUCACUCUCGUCUCUAAUUCGCCAAAUCGCCAAUCUUCAUCUCUGGACUGUGAUUCGCCCACCGCCACCGAGCACUGGCCUCCGCCCACAGCAGCCAGCAGCGCUGCCGCCCGCAGUCGCAGCAACAGCCAGCGGCGCCGCCGCCCACAGCCCACUCCGCCCUCUCUCUCUGGUUGCCGACUUGCCGUUUCCCACAGCCCACUCCGCCAGUCCGCCCUCUGCUCUCCAAGUCUCCGGUUGCCGUCCACAGCCCGCAGUGAAAAACUAAAAAUUAGAUGGAACCAAAUCAAGGUGAUGCUACUGCUGCAAAUACGGUGGUUGUGUAUGUUCAAUAAAGGAGAUGAAGGAGAUGAUAUGAAUGAAGAUGAAUUGAAUGAUGGAAUGUCAACUGUCAAGUUGUGUAUGAUCAAUUAUGAAUUUAUGAUGACUUAUGUUUAGGUUAUUUUAAUUAUGUUUUAUGUGAGUUAUGUACUUAUGGACUUAUAGACUUAUGUGUUAUUGUUAUGCACUUAUGGUUUUAUGGACUUGUGUGUCUUAUAUUGUUA